AUGGCCGCCAAACUAACUGCAACCCUGGCCGUCCUUGUCGCCACAACCGCAAACCUCGUCGCAGCCCAAAAGUACCCUUUCAUGCCCACAGAAUGGCCCAGUCAGGACCAGAACCAGUUCAUCACUGGAAGACUCUUGGAGGCUCCCCUCAUUCUCGACGGAAUGAAGAAGGUUCAGGCCGCCGUUCCCGAAAAUAUCCUUGCCUUGCCCGUCGCCGAAUUCCACAAUUACUCAAACACCACUUACCCUGGGUGUACCCCCUCUGAAUUGCCUGCGGGAAUGACUGUGAACCUCAAUUCUACCCAAGCACAAGCCGCCUGCUGGUGGCCCAGCAACAACUGCAUUCGCACGACCGCCACCUCCUACUACCAACCGGACAUUGUCCGCUGCAAAGGCCAAAACGUAUGGGGUUUAACCUACGACGACGGACCAACAGUCGCCACCGCCGACAACGUCGCGACGCGGAAUAUCACGGACAUACUAGGGCGCCUCGGCGCCAAAGCCACCUUCUUCGUAGCCGGCUCUGCUGUCUCCAACGCUCCAGGGGAAUUGCGCAGGGCUUUCAGCGAAGGACAUGAGAUCGCCGUCCACACAUGGACGCAUCACCCGCUGACAACCCUCACGAAUGCGCAGAUUGUCGCGGAGAUUCUGUACACUGAAGCGAAGAUCUACUCUAUUCUCGGUGUUGUGCCGCGGUUUUUCCGUCCGCCGUACGGCGAUGUGGAUGAUCGGGUCCGGGGAAUCAUUUCGGCGUUAGGAUAUCUUAACGUCAUUUGGACAACUGAGCCGCUCAACAACCUGUACCGCGACACUCGAGACGCCGAGCACGUCUCGAGUGCCGCGGACAUGGCCUCAGUGGUCACCGAAGUUGAAAAGUGGUUCGUCGAGCAGCCCGGGUUCAUUUCCCUGGAGCACGACAUCAACCCAAACACCUCAACAAUCGCCAUAAAUCUCCUCUCCAGAAUCGAAUCCAUGGGUCCCGCCUUCCCGUUGAAACUCAAACCCAUCGGCGAGUGCUACAACAUCGCGCCCUACAUGAACGUGCAGCCGGGGCAGGCGCUGCCGCCGUUGCCGGAGUAUAGGGCGAACCCGACGGAUGUUGCGAGUGGGGCGCUUGGUACGGGGGUUGGGGUGGCGGUUUGGAGGCGGGUGACGGUGGCGGUUGUGGCCGGGUUGGUGGCGGUUAUGGCGUUGGUGUGA